AUGCCUGCACGCAAACGCGCUGCCGCCGAAAUGGAGGCACACGCAGCUGUAGAGGAGCCGAGCACAUUGCAGAAGCUACGGAAUAUGUGGCAGUUUGCAAACCUCGCGCAGUACAUCAGCCUGUUUGGAGAGGCGGUCAAGAUCGACAGGGAUUUCGACAUCGAGGAAUUGGAGUCGGAGUGUCUGAAGCCUCAGCCAUCCGAGAAGCUUGCACAGAUUGGCCUGGCACUGCUCAAGCAUGUCUCGUCACACAAGGGCCUCACGCCUGAAAUCUUCGACGAGUACGCGCGCCGGCAAUACGUCGCCAAGGCGCCCGCACGAAAUCCCUUCGGUACCGACGAAGAACCAAACAAGUUCAACGACUUCGAUGUCUUCACAAAAAUUCGUGUAUUGCAACAACUGUCCGUAUGGACAUUGAACAACCCAAACACCAUUCGGGAAAAGCUCACAGCUACAGAGCACGAGCAGACACUAUGGCGCAUGGAACCCACUGGAUGGGACGCAGAGGAGCGAUCGUUGUUUGUCUUGGAUGACAACCGAAUGUACCGCCUCACAGAUCCACCGCCACCACCACCGCCAUCAAAAACGAAGCCAAAAGCCAAAUCGAAAAAGUCAAAGGGAUCGAGGUCUAGCAAGCGACAGAAGAUAGCAACCCCUGAAGCAGAGGAGGCAGCUGAGGAAGAGGAUGCAUCCACAAACGAAAAGCCUGACGACAUUGAUGAUGGCUUUGGUGGAAGGAAAUGGGAAUGUAUAUGUGUUACCUUGGAAGACUAUCAAGAAUAUAUGGCCAGUAUACGCAAAAGCCGCGAUCCGAACGAGAAAAUACUGUUCAAGAGAUUACAAGAGGAUGUGAUACCCGUCAUGGAAAGUUUGGCAGAGGAGCAAGCAAAGAAGCAAGCCCGCAAGAUGCGGGAGCUCGAGAACAUGCAGAAACUAGCCAUGGCCAAGCGCUCCUCCAGAAUCUCGUCACGACUCGAAAAGCAGAAGGAAAUGGAGGAGGCUGAGGAGGCCGAGCGUAGAAGAAAGGCCGAACUAGCAGCAGCGAAGGCAGAGCAGGAGAGGCUGAAGAAGUUGGAAGAAGCUCACGAUUCGAGAAGAAUGACACGAGAGCAGAGGUUGCGCGAGCGUGAGGCGGCAAAGAUCCUCAAGGAGGAAGAGCUUCGCAAGCUACAAGAGAAUGAGCAGAAGCUGGCUUCUAAUAACGCUAGGCUGUCCGAGCGCCAUCUCAAAGCCAUGAUGAAGAAGCACGAGAAUGAUCUCAAGAGACUGAACGAAGAAGAAGACUGGUUCUUCGAUUGUGAGAAGUGCGGCACCUAUGGCUCAAAUUUGAACGACAAAACUCCUCAGAUAUCAUGUGAGAAGUGCAAUGUCUGGCAGCACAUGAAGUGCCAUGGCAUCACAGAAGAACAGGCCGAAGACUCCAAGUUCACGUUCAUCUGUACUUCAUGUCGAAAGAAAGAAAAGGAUGCCAAUCAGCCCAAACUUCCCCCUCUCAAAUUUAGGCUCAGCUCGGCGUCGCCUGCUUCCCAAUCCAACACACAGACCAAUGGGGCUGGACCCUCCACAGAGACACGAACUCUAGAUUCUGUCCAAAUACCAGCACCACUGUCAUCCGCUCCACAAGCCUACGCCCCUCAGAUGCAUCCACAACCAUGGGUUGAUGGCCCAAGUCUCUCUCCUCGCGGUCAAGCCCUUGGGCCCCCUGGCAUCCAGCGCUCCGAAGCUGCCUACGGCUCCCCUACCAAAAGCAUGAACGGGAGCUCCUCCCCUAUCCGCUCCAGCUUCUCCAAGCCAAGCAACUACCCACCCUCUUCACCUCCACCUUUCAACCUGCAAAAUAUCCCCAGCAGUCCGAUGAAGAGCUCCCAUCUGCCCAUCCCCCACCAAAACGGACACUCACGCACCAACAACAACGCCAACGCCGUGACCAGCUCGACUCUGACCAACCCGUUCACAACCUCGCACCACACCACCCCACAACUCCAAUCCUUCAGCCGUCCCGCCUCCGCCGCCGGCCCAGGCGGCAGCCCCAUCAAACACUCCCCCCCCAAUUCCCCCCGUCCCUCCACCCACCUUUCCAGCACCUACAACUUCAACUCGCCACACUCAUCCUUUCCCCCCUCCUCCGCCCACCGCCCCUCCUUCUCCCCUACCAAACACUCCUCCCCAGCGCCCCUGCCACCUCACCUCUCCUCGCCCGCACCCGCCCCAGCCCCCAUGCGCAUCGCCCCCAGCCCAAACUCGCAGAUGCCGGCGCAGAUGCUGCCAGAUCCUAUUCCCGCGCCCAGUAAACACGACGGCAUGAGGCCUGUUAGCAGCCAUGCGAUGAGCGAGACGAGAAUCUUUCCGCCCGUCGAGGGUUUCUUGCCCAUGUCUAGUCCCCCGAUUCUGGAGCCGCCGGUUAAGAAGAUGAGUCCGAGGCCGGAGAGGGCGUGGGGUGUUAAUGGGGAUGCGGAGGCAGAGGUAGAUGCAGAAGGUGCGGUGCGCGAAGAGCAAGAUGGAGAAGGAAAAGGAGAGGCUGUGCGUGCCGUGGAUGCGGACAGUCUGUGA